AUGAUAUCAGAAAGUCGCAGUAUAGAUUUUGGCGGUGCUCAUGAUAGAAAACAUGACAGAGACUUCAAUAGAUGUCACAAUUAUGAUUCAGGGAGUCAUGGUAUAAAUUUUGGUCAUGCUCAUGACAAAACUGGACAGAGGUUUAACAGAUAUCACAAUUAUGAUUCAAGGAGCCAUGGUAUAGAUUUUAGCCAUGCUGAUGACAAAGAACUGGACAUAAGCUUCAACAGAAAUUACAAUUAUAUUUCAGGGAGUGGUGAUAUAGAUUUUGGGCGUGCUCAUGAUAGAGAAUUGGACAGAGACUUCAAUAGAUAUCAUAAUUACUAUUCAGACAGCCAUGGUAUAGAUUUUGGAAAGUCGAUAGAUUUUGGCUAUGCUCACAAUAGAGAACAUGGCAAAGACUUCAAUAGAUAUCACAAUUAUGAUUCAGAGAGUCAUAAUAUAGAUUUUGAUCGUGCUCAUGAUAGUGAAAAAGACAAAGGCUUCAAGAGAUAUCACAAUUAUGAUUCAAAAAGUUAUGGUAUAGAUUUUGGGCGUGCUCAUAAUAGAAAACUGGACAGAGGCUUCAACAGAUAUCACAAUUAUGAUUUAGGGAGUCGUGGUAUAAAUUUUAGGCGUGCUUAUGAUAGAGAACUGAAUAGAGGCUUCAACAAAUAUCACAAUUAUGAUUCAAAUAGUUAUGGGAGUUGUAUAGAUUUUGGGUGUGUUCAUGAUAGAGAAGUGGAUAGAGGCUUUAACAAAUAUUAUAAUUAUGAUUCAGACACUCAUGGUAUAGAUUUUGGUCGUGCUCAUGAUAAAGAACUAGACAGAGGCUUCAACAGAUAUCAAAAUUAUGAUUUAGAAAGUUGUUGUAUAGACUUUGGGCGUGCUCAUAAUAGAAAACUGGACAAAGACUUCAACAGAUAUCACAAUUAUGAUGCGGAGAAUUGUGGGAUAGAUUUUGGCCAUGCUCAUGAUAGAGAACUGGAUAGAGGUUUUAACAAAUAUCAUAAUUACUAUUCAGGGAGUCAUGGUAUAGAUUUUGGCGGUGCUCAUGACUGA